GGCUGUGUUUACUUGGCCAGUAUUCGAAAGCAUCGUGCGUCAUUUUUAUUUGCGAUGAUUCCCAAAAAAAUCUCCUAUUGCUACUGUUUGUCACACGCGUUAUUUUCGACCCUUCUCCCCUUCGGUUCCCGCUCACCUAAAUUUACGUAAUUAUAACUCGGCGCUCAGUCGAAGGCGAGCGUCGCGACGGUACGCGUUAGCUGACCGUGUCAUGGUAUUUUUAGAAUUGACGAGCGAAACGGCUUCAAAAUUACCACUCUGACUGAGCACAAAGGGAAUGCGAAACACUGUGACCGAUGUACACCUCGGGUUUGUCUUAUAGCAGGUACCGCCCCGCCUAUUACGACGAAGGGGAGCGGUACUCGACCCAUUCCCAUAGCUCAAGAGCGGUACCGGAUUAUUCCUGGCUGGGUUCUAGCAGUUAUCGGCCCACGACUGGGAUUAACCGACCAGCAGCAGCGCGAAGACUGGCAGACGAUAGCCCGUCUAUGGCCAGUAGCAAGAAUGGAUCGAACUCAGAAGCGGGUACUCGUCGAGCGCGAUACACACGGUCCUCCACGCAUAGUGUGGCUCAGCUGUUGAGCGACUCCUGUUCAAGUUUGCUUCAAAAGAUCACUACUAGAGUGCGAGGGCCGUCCGCCACGGUUGAGCGGCAACUGCAAAACAGCACCAACGGCCUCAGCAGUGGGAGUGGGACAGCGGGAGGUUCCCGUUUAAGCAUCCACCACCCCAAUCCAUUAACCACCAGCAAGAGUAGCACGGUGGUGCCGAACUUCCAAGGUGCUGCCAGCAAGAAUCGCAGUGAUGACAAGUACAGUUCGGUUCUGGAUCGCAUAUAUGGCAGGAGGAGGGAGAGCGAGCGAAAGCCUGAACCGUCCAUAGGAAGAGGACUAGCCAAGAGCAGUACCACUGCCAAUGUGUUGCAACUUAGUGAGAAGGCCUAUCCAUAUGUAAACAGCAACAGUAACAAUGUGGUGCAACGUGAGAAAACUCCAUUUCGGAGCAGCGACCAGAAGAAAAAUGCUGUUUACCCGGAACCGUCCUACUCGUAUCUGGAUAGAGAUUCGAUCUACCGGGUGCGACACCGAUCCAACCAUUCCGAACUCCGGCCGAGGCGGUCGUCGAAACCGCACAGGGUUGGAAAGAGCGAGCACAACGACCGAAAGACAUCCAUAACGACCAAUCUGAAGUUAACCGCUGUGGAAAUACCGAUGGCAAACGAGUGUAUCGUUCUCGAAGACCCCGAGACGAAGAAGGGCACGGCCGUGUCGCCUUCGGAGGACGACGAUGUCACCCCAACCCCGUCCGUCCCAGAUCCAGUAGCCGAACGCGAGACCAAACGUAAAGAGAUCCAGAGUUUGAUCAUGAAGUACUCGGCCCUAGAUGAGGCCUAUAAUAAAACAAGUGCAGUGGCCGCCGCCCCAGAGCCUCCCAGUGUGGCGGCGGCCAUCGCACAGAAAUACUACCCUGAGACCACGAAGUUGGCGGCUAGCACAAAGGCGCCUUCAGUGGAAGACGAUGAAGAAGGCCACCUUAUUUACCGAACAGGAGACAUCCUGCAAAAUCGAUAUAGAAUACUUGGCACCCUCGGUGAAGGAACUUUUGGCAAGGUAGUCAAAGUGAAUGACUUUGAAAUGGAGCACUCCAUGGCAUUGAAAAUCAUAAAAAAUGUGGAGAAAUACAGAGAGGCGGCCAAGCUGGAAAUCAAUGUGCUGGAAAAGCUGGCGGACAAAGACCCCGAUGGCGUGCAUUUAUGUGUGAAAAUGCUAGACUGGUUCGACUACCAUGGGCACAUGUGCAUCGCCUUUGAAAUGCUAGGUCUUAGCGUAUUUGAUUUUUUGCUUAUUUUACAGAAAGACAACAAUUAUCAACCGUACCCAUUGGAACAGGUCAGACACAUUGCCUAUCAACUGUGCUACUCGGUGCUGUUUUUGCACGACAACAAACUAACGCACACGGAUCUCAAACCGGAAAACAUACUUUUUGUGGACUCCGAAUUCGAACUAGUGUACAACUCCAAAAAGAGGCGCGAUGUGAUGAGAGUGGCCAAGACUGAUGUUAGGUUGAUCGAUUUCGGCAGUGCUACGUUUGACCAUGAACAUCAUAGUACAAUCGUAUCAACGAGACACUAUCGGGCCCCAGAAGUAAUACUUGAACUUGGAUGGUCCCAACCAUGUGAUGUUUGGUCUAUAGGAUGCAUACUGUUUGAACUUUAUCUUGGCAUUACUUUAUUUCAAACUCAUGAUAAUCGUGAACAUUUGGCGAUGAUGCAGCGGAUCCUAGGGGAAUUUCCUCAAAGAAUGGCAAGAAAAACAAAGACGAAAUACUUCUACAAAGGACGACUAGAUUGGGAUGAAAAGAGUUCAGCUGGUCGAUACGUACGAGACAACUGCAAGCCAUUAUUGCGGUACAAACAGUCUGAUGAUCCUGACCAUAACUAUCUCUUCGACUUGGUAUUUAAAAUGCUUGACUAUGAGCCGUCUGAAAGAAUUACGUUGCGUGAUGCUCUAAAACAUCCAUUCUUCGAUAAAAUUCCAACCCAUCAACGGCUGGGCGAUCACGGGGCUGGUGGUGAUGUUCGGAGGGAACGUAGCCUAUCUUAGAAGAGCUUUUGAAAAAUCCACCAUCGUGAGACAUGUUUAACUUUGUUUUGUCAAUACCUCUUUGGAGUGUGAGUAACAGAUCACAGUACGUUUUGUUCCAGUCAAGUAUACAAGAUAAAAUGAUGGUAAAAUGGCAAUCGAAGUGAACCUACCCUAUAAUUUUCUACUUAUUUAAAUUAAAACCCCAGUUCCAAUAUGUCGUUUUAUUCUACUACGGUAUGCCGAAGUGCAAAUUGGAUACCUAAGAUGGUAAUGAUGGUUGUUUGCAGUUCCAAGGUGUUGUACGAAUAUUUUAGUAUUAAAUAUCUCAUUUACAAUUGCUUUUAGGUAAUUCGGUUUUUUUUACUAUUUAAAGCAGAAAAAUUCAACAGUUUUCAAACAUAGAAUUCUGUAAGCUGAGACUUUUUGAAACUUAUACUAUCCGCUCUUAACUUGAUUCCGACCGUAUAGAUUUCAAAAACUCCAUUAUUUGUGAAAUAUCUAACUACCUAUUCGAUUUCAUUCUUAUGUAAAUAAUUGCAUAUAUGUAAUAAUAAAAUUUAGUUUUUAAA